UUGGUAUUUUUCGGAGGCCACCGUUGCGCAGAGGAUACCAUAUCCGACUAUGACUCCGAACGCUUGGGUUCAAAUCCCGGCCUGAACAUCAGAAAAAAUUUCAGAGGUGGUUUUUCCCUCUCUGAAAUGUUGGCAACAUUUGUGAGGCAUCCUGCCAUGUUAAAUCUUCUCUACCAAGUGUUGUCGCUAUGCGGCACGCCGUUCGGACUCGGCAUAAAAAAGGAGGUCCCUUAUCAUUGAGCUUAAACUUUAAUCGGACUGACUCAAUGAUAUGGGAGAAGCAUCCUCUGUUGCUUAAACGAGUGUUCAUGGGAAACUUCAAUUUGGGACGUAUGGGGUUUUGAGACAUGGAGCUACCUGAAAUUGUGAUAAACUCUCAGGAAUCAAUUGACUCGAGCGCAACGCAAUCAACUGAAUCAAAUGAAACGAAGGAAAACCGAUUGGCUUAUGCAUUUCGUAACAGAGACUUGGAUAAGUUCGCCCAAUACAUUUCAAUGGGAGAUGAUCCAGCGGAUAUGUAUGAUGAUCAGCUUUGUAUUUACCAUGCCAUACUAUCGACAGCUGGUAGUGCAGAAUAUGUGAGGAAAUGUCGAGAAUGUCCUGUGGUUUAUGAGGAUAAGUUGGCCAAAUGGUCAGUUUUAUAUGCGGCCAAAUCAAUGGAUGCCAAAAUUCUGAAACUAGUUUUGCCCAGUGCAUAUGUCAAUGAAAUAUGGUGCGAUUUUUCGGCAUUGCAUUAUUUAGCUGCCUACAGUACCUCUGACAAUGCCAACAGUGUUGUAGAGUGCAUGGACCUGUUGCUACAGCAUUACGCCAUACCGAUUUAUGCCGAUGUUAACAAUGAUACCCCAUUGUCAUGCGCAAUGAAAAACGUCUACCUCGACUACAAAUCCAAACAGAAGAUUGUGCAGAAACUUCUCGAAAAGGAUCCCGUAAAAAAUUCAGCCCUUCGGUCAGAGUUAUUGAGUGAAUUCAAAGACUUGCAAUUCCCUGCUGCUGACAUGGAAUUGUCAUACGAUGUGCCACCUUCAAAGUCAUGCUGCACACGCGGCGACUGCUGUAUGGGUGAGAAAAACGAGAAAUUUUUUCUGGCUAUCAAGAACCAUCACAAGAAGUGUUUUGAUCGGCUACUGGAGGAAGGUGCCAACUACAUAGAGGCGGGCUACUCCAAUAUCCGGCCACUGGUGUAUGCUCUAAUCUGCAUCAAUAGUUAUGCGCUACGCAUUCUUUUGGCCAAAGACGAUGUUGCAGAGUUUGAUCCACAUUUCGAUGUAUUUAUGAAUUUAGUAUUUUGCUAUGAGAGAAGCACGCACAUUGAAAUUUCAGACUUUGGGAAAUGUUUGGAUGUACUUCUGAAAUACCAAUGCCUGGACAUAAAUGAUACGGACAUGGAUGGCCGCACCAUAGUGCACUUAUCAUCACAUCUCUCUGAUGAGUGUGUGCUGGAGAUUUUGAAAAGGGGUAGCUUGUUGGCCAUCAAAACGUAUGACGGUGAACUUGCCAUUAGCAAUAUCAGACCGAAUGUUCUAAAUGCCUUCUUUGAUAGUCUCAUAAUCAGGGAAAACGAUACGGGUUCUUGGAAAAUUACCAUGGACUAUUCCAAUUUCUACUAUCGUCCCACAGGCGUUGCGAAUGCCAAUGCGGACGCGAAUUUUGCCACACAAAUGGAAAUUGUCAAGGCCAUAGCAGAGACGGAGACGAAUAAAAAAUUGUUGGAACACCCGCUUAUAACAGUUUUUUUGGAUCUAAAAUGGAGACAACUCAGUGGCCUGUUCUAUCUAAACUUCUGGCUGUAUAUAUUCUUUGUCUGUGCCUGCGUUCCCUAUAUUCUCUUAAAGUUGGGUAACUACGAAAAAUGGUCACAGAUCUUCUGUGGUCUCACCGCUUUGGGUGUCAGCUAUUUGGUAGUGAGAGAGUGCUUGCAGUUGAAAAUUAAUUUCCGAAAAUAUCUGCGUGAGCCAGUGAACUACAUGGAAUGGUUGCUGAUAGCCCUGGUCAUAGUGCUCUGCAUUAGGAACGACUUUGAGCGGUAUACGCUGAAUUUGAUAUGCUCGCUCACCAUAAUGUUGCUCACCAUUGAACUCUUUCAACUGUUGGGCUCCUUGCCCUUCAUGUCGCUGGCUUUGCGCAUGCACAUGUUCCAGAUGGUGUUGAAGAGCUUCCUCAAGAAUUUUCUACUCUACUCGAUUUUUGUGGCGGCCUUCAGUUUGUGUUUCUACAUCAUGAUUGGCCGAAGUGGCGAGGCCAGCGAGGGUUUGAAUGGAUUCACCAAUCCGCCCAAGGCAUUUCUCAAAUCCUUGGUCAUGAUGGUGGGAGAAUUGGAUGCAGGUGAACUGCAGCUUAAUGACUAUUUUACAACUGCACUAUUUUUGGGCUUCGUCUUUGUGGUGACCAUCGUUUUGUUCAAUUUGAUCAAUGGUUCUGCCAUUCAUGACAUUUUGGAAAUUGAAGAAGAUGCCAAAAUCAAUGAAGCUGAGCAGCGUGUGAAAUUAUUGACCGCCAACUAUGACAAUCUGAAUACAUGGAAAUUAAGCUCCUUUAAGCACUUUCAACCUAUGCAAUCUGAUGCAGAUGCUGAUGCUGAUGAUGUCAAUGUUGGCAAAUUAAUUCCCAAAUUUUUACGCCGCAUUUCAAUUUAUGCCAAUAAGGACAAAAAAUUUGUGGCAGAGCCCGAAUGGUGCAUGCAUACCAAUGAGGGCAAGAUUGUCUAUUUCCGCAGCAAAAAAGAAAGCGAAAAUAUUAUUCUAGAUCAUCAAACGAUUGAAAAUAUAAUGCAAAGAGUUAGUGAUCCCCACAAAACCGAGGAUGAUGUCAAGCAAAUGCGCAAAGAAUUGCAAAUGGUUAGAGAAAAGCUGAAGGAAAUUGCAGACACUUUGAAUGCCUGGUAGGAUAGUGGCAAAAUUUUAACAAACAAAAAUAGGUUGUAAGAAAACUUGAAAGAGGUAGUGAAAGCAAUAAAAAUUACUAGUCAAGAGUAAAAUUCGAAAAUCUAAAACAUUGAA